AUGGACCGACGUCGUCUCCACCCCGAAGACUAUACUGUAGGAUGGGUCUGCGCAUUGCCGCUUGAGCUCGCGGCGGCUCGCGCGAUGCUCGACGAAGAGCAUCGGGACCCACCUCGACAACCCCACGAAACAAACGUCUAUUGCCUCGGACGCAUCAGUGAACACAACGUCGUCAUCAUGUGCUUGCCAGCCGGCCAGUACGGUACAAACUCCGCCGCAGCGUCCACGGCGCGGAUGACGGAGAAGUUCCGGUCGAUAAGAUUUUGCCUUAUGGUUGGCAUCGGGGGUGGAGUUCCAAGCGAAGAAACGGAUGUCAGACUUGGUGAUGUUGUGAUCAGUCAACCUCAAGCACAAUAUGGAGGUGUGGUUCAGUAUGACCUUGGCAAGAUUGAAGCAGAUGGACGCACCGUUCGGACUGGCUACCUUAACCCGCCGCCGACCGUCCUAUUAAACGCGCUUUCCAAGUUUCGAUCAGCUGGACAAGAUCAAGCAUGCAAUAUUUUGGCUCAUAUAUCCUCACCUGCGACCCCACAUCGAUUCCCCACCGUCAAAAAACCCGAGUCUGAUACUCUAGUUAAGAAACGCGCAACUCGCGACCAGGGAAUUCAAAUUCACUAUGGCACAAUCGCUUCUGGCAAUCAAGUUGUGAAAGACGGUAUCAUGAGAGACAAAAUGAGCAGGGAACUCGGCGGAGUCCUUUGCUUCGAGAUGGAGGCUGCAGGGCUGAUGAACAUUCUUUCAUGCCUGGUGAUACGCGGUAUCUGUGACUACUCGGACUCACACAAGAACAAGAAAUGGCAGCAAUAUGCUGCCAUCGUGGCGGCAUCAUGUGCAAAAGAGCUUCUAGGGAUGGUUCCUCCGGCCGAAACAUUGGAGAAUCCUCCCCAGAAGGAUGUUAGAGCCCGUUUAGAAGCUCUCCUCCUUACCGAUCCUACUAUUGACCGUGAGCAUCUUAUCAGCACAAAGGGAGCGAGGGUCGCCGGUACCUGCGAAUGGAUUUGUAAAAAUGAACUUUACCAUUCUUGGCUACAGUCGAGCACACGACUUCUCUGGAUCUGUGGCGGUCCCGGCAAGGGGAAGACAAUGCUUUCAAUCUUCCUUACUGAAGAGCUCGAGAAGUUUACGCAGGAAGACGAGGACAAAGAGCUGGUCUUCUUCUUUUGCAGCAACCAGGAUGAGAAGCGCAAUACGGCAGUGGCCAUCCUGAGCGGAUUAGUGUAUCAGAUCAUUAAGAAGCGCCCAAACCUGAUUAAACAUGCCGAGGCCUAUUUUGACACUGAGGAAAGAGCUCGAAUCACGGUGUCAUCCGUGGAAGCCCUUUGGAUUAUAUUUAGGAAGAUCAUCCAAGAUCCCGAUAUUGGUACAACCUUCUGCAUCCUUGACGGCCUUGACGAAUGCGAUCAAGAUUCACGAAGUUUGCUAGGAGCGAAGUUCGCCGAGUUGUUUCCACCAAACGGCCCCAGAACGGGAACUGGAGGAUUCAAACUAAUAAUCGUUAGUCGAGAGAUACACGCAUUGCGGAACUUCCCAAGGGUGCGACUUGACCCUGACUUCGAUGAACAAGUUACCAGCGAUAUUGAGCACUUUGUCUCUGUGAGAGUCCAAGAACUCUCAAGACUUGACGGGUUUAACGACAGGUUACGCACGCAUGUUAAGAGCAUCCUCCUAGAACGGGCCGAGGGAACUUUUCUGUGGGUUGGCUUUGUAAUGAACGAGCUACUGCAAAAGAAGACCUGCACAGAAGUUUUAGAGACCCUGGAAGCUCUUCCAAGCGGAUUGCCAGGGAUUUAUAGCCGGAUGUUACUCGGAAUUGAGGGAAGUCAACAGGAAGUGUGCUCUCGGAUCUUGCGUUGGGUUACAAUGGCACUUCGUCCUCUAACACUGCAAGAGCUAGCGGCUGCUAUCGGUACACAGUCCUCUGAUCUUAUCAGCGGUGAUCAAGCCAUUCGCGACCAGAUCGCGUUUUGCGGACCCUUCAUCAAGAUAGAUAAGCAAGAAGUUGGCCUCAUCCACCAGUCAGCCAGGGAUUAUCUAUUACGCGAAAAUUGUGACAGCAAUCCGAUCCUGGAAACGUUUCGUAUCAACGCAGAAGAAACGCACUUCCAACUAGCACAAGCUUGUCUUGACUGCAUUGGAAAUAGCAGGUUGCGUUAUGUGCCUCUGCAUAGUCUUGAUGCACCGCAAGACCCUCCUCUAUUAAGCUAUGCGGUAUUCCAUUGGCCAGAACACGCACGAUGUUCUGCAUAUACUGACGCAAUAUUUGAUACGUCACGUCCAUUCUUCCAGAAGAAGUCUCCCCUGCGGUCGAACUGGUGCAAAGCAUACGGCAAUCAUUUAUCAAACAUACGUAACGUGCCAUUGAUACACAUCGCUUCUUAUUUCGGUAUUACUUCGUGGGCCCAGAAGCUCCUUGCAAGGAAGUUUAGGCUACACAAACUCGCAAACAAGAAAGAUAGCAGUGGCCGUACCCCACUCAUUUAUGGCGCUAUAACGGGGCAUGAGGCAAUAAUCCGACUGCUGCUGGACCGCGGCGCCGACGUCAAUGCGACAGAUGAAUAUGGAUGGACGGCACCACACUGGGCGGCUAUCCUGGGGCAUGAGGCAACAGUCCGACUGCUGCUGGACCGCGGCGCCGAUGCCAAUGCGAUAGAUGAAAAUGGAUGGACGGCACUACACAGGGCGGCUUUCCAGGGGCAUAAGGCAAUAGUCCGACUGCUACUGGACCGCGGCGCUGAUGCCAAUGCGAUAGAUAAAGCCAGAUGGACGGCACUACACAGGGCGGCUAACGAGGGGCAUAAGGCAACAGUCCGACUGCUGCUGGACCGCGGCGCCGAUGCCAAUGCGAUAGAUAAAGCCAGAUGGACGGCACUACACAGGGCGGCUUUCCAGGGGUAUAAGGCAAUAGUCCGACUGCUACUGGACGGCGGCGCUGAUGCCAAUGCGAUAGAUAAAUAUGGCCGUACCCCACUCAUUUAUGGCGCUAUAAAGGGGCAUGAGGCAAUAAUCCGACUGCUGCUGGACCGCGGCGCCGACGUCAAUGCGACAGAUGAAUAUGGCCGUACCCCACUCAUUUAUGGCGCUAUAAAGGGGCAUGAGGCAAUGAUCCGACUGCUGCUGGACCGCGGCGCCGAUGCCAAUGCGAUAGAUGAAAAUGGAUUGACGGCACUACACUGGGCGGCUUCCCAAGGGCAUGAGGCAACAGUCCAAUUACUGCUGGACCGCGGCGCCGAUGCCAAUGCAACAUGGGGCAAUAAUAACACGACUACUGCUGGACUGCAGCGCUGA